UUGGGAUCUUGCCAAUUCAUCAUCAGAUGAAGAAUUGAUGAAUCUGCAGAUUACUGCUCUACAAGAGAUGGGAAGAAGAAGACGCCGGGGCUCAAUUCCUGGUCGCAUAUAUAAAGAUAGACAACGAUUGCAAGGCCACGAAACACUCUACAAUGAUUAUUUUGCUGCAAAUCAUGUUCAUGAAGAAGUUGUAUUUCGGAGAAGGUUUCGGAUGCAUCGACAUCUUUUUCUUCGAAUUCUAGCUGCAGUAGAAGCUCGUGACUCUUAUUUUGUUCAAAAAAGGGAUUCAGCAGGACGUCUUGGGCUAUCGUCUCUUCAAAAAGUUACCGCUGCAAUGAGGAUGCUUGCCUAUGGAAUUGGGGCAGAUGCUGUGGAUGACUAUCUUAGAAUCGGUGAAAGCACUGCAAUUGAAGCUAUGAGAAGGUUUGUCCAAGCUGUAAUUGAUGUAUUUCGCGCUGAAUACUUAAGAAGGCCAACUUCUGAUGAUAUUUCCAAAUUGCUAUUGAUUGGUGAGAGUCGUGGAUUUCCUGGAAUGCUUGGUAGUAUUGAUUGUAUGCACUGGAAGUGGAAGAAUUGUCCGGUUGCAUGGAAAGGUAUGUUUUCUCGUGGAGUUCAUCGUGAACCUUCAUUGAUUCUUGAAGCUGUUGCGUCACAUGAUCUUUGGAUAUGGCAUUCUUUUUUUGGAUUACCAAGCUCUCACAAUGAUAUUAAUGUCUUAGAGCAUUCACCCUUAUUUGCUGACCUUCGUGAAGGUCGAGCCCCUCUAGUCUCUUAUAAGAUCAAUGAGCAUGAAUAUACAAUGGGAUACUAUCUAGCCGAUGGCAUAUAUCCUUCAUGGGCCACUUUUGUCAAAACCAUUCCAUGUCCACAAGGAGAGAAAGCAAAGAAUUUUGCUAAAGCUCAAGAGGGAUGUCGGAAAGAUGUAGAACGAGCAUUUGGAGUGCUCCAAGCACGUUUUGCAAUUGUUCGUGGACCGGCUCGUUGUUGGGAUCGUGAAAUGCUUCAAAAGAUCAUGACAGCAUGUGUGAUAAUGCACAACAUGAUUAUUGAAGAUGAAAGAGUUGAGCGUGCUGCACAAGAUGAUCUUGAAACUCUUGCAAGGCAAUAUGCUGAACCAGAUAUGGAUAUUGAUGAUGUUAUGGUUUCCCGUAAUCACACAAUAGAGUUUGAGGAUUUUAUCAGCAAUCAUUUGCGAAUUCGUGACAAGGGAACUCAUACUAUGCUCCAAGCAGAUCUAGUUGAGCACUUGUGGCAACGUCACUUGGCUAAUAUCAGUAAGUAGAUAUUGUUUCUGGUAG